AUGUUCGGCCGCGUCGGUGGCGGCAUCUACACCAAGGCUGCCGACGUCGGCGCAGACCUCGCCGGUAAGGUCGUCGCGGGCAUCCCCGAGGACGACCCGAGGAACCCCGCCACCAUCGCCGACAACGUCGGUGACAACGUCGGUGACGUCGCCGGUAUGGGCUCCGAUCUCUUUGGCUCGUUUGGCGAGGCCACCUGCGCCGCGCUUGUCAUCGCCGCGCAGUCGCACGACCUCGUCUCCGCGGGCUGGGACACGCUGAUCUUCCCGCUCUACAUCUCUUCCGUUGGUAUCCUCGUGUGCAUCGCGACGUCCUUCGUCGCGACCGACUUCAGGCCGGUGCGAUCCGAGGCUUCCAUCGAGGAGGUUCUCAAGACGCAGCUCACUCUGUCCACCGUCGGCAUGACAUGCGUCACCAUGGGUCCCAUGUCCGCGUUCUGCUGCAUCGCGGCCGGAUUGUGGGGUGGCCUCAUCAUCGGCUUUGUCACCGAGUACUACACCUCGCACUCCUACUCACCCGUGCGCGAGGUGGCCAGGUCAACCGAGACGGGCGCCGCCACCAACAUCAUCUACGGCCUCGCGCUCGGCUACAAGUCCACCAUCAUCCCCGUGGGUAUCCUCGCCGGUAUCGUCUUCGUCGCGUUCUCUCUCAUGGACAUGUACGGCGUGGCUCUCGCCGCGCUCGGCAUGUUGGGCACGCUCUCCACGUGCCUCGCCAUCGACGUCUACGGCCCCAUCUGCGACAACGCCGGCGGUAUCGCCGAGAUGGCCGAGCUCCCCGAGGCUGUCCGCGAGAAGACCGACGCUCUCGACGCCGCGGGCAACACCACCGCCGCCAUCGGCAAGGGUUUCGCCAUCGGCUCCGCGGCGCUCGUCUCGCUCGCGCUCACCGCCGCGUUUGUCACCCGCACCGAGGUGCUCGAGAACGGCGUGAACCUGCUGAACCCCACGGUGUUCGCGUUCCUCCUCGUCGGUUCGAUGCUUCCGUACUGGUUCUCCGCCAUGACCAUGAAGUCGGUCGGCAUCGCCGCGAUGGAGAUGGUCAAGGAGGUGAAGCGCCAGUUCGACACCAUCCCGGGUCUCCUCGAGGGUACCCCCGGCCACGCACCCCCCGAUCACGCCAGGUGCAUCAAGAUCUCCACCGACGCGUCCCUCCGCGAGAUGGUCCCGCCCGCCAUCCUGGUCAUGACCGCGCCCAUUCUCACCGGGAUGUUCUUUGGCGUCGAGGCUGUCGUCGGUCUCCUCGCGGGCGGCAUGGCCUCGGGCGUCCAGCUGGCCAUCUCCGCGUCCAACACCGGCGGCGCGUGGGACAACGCCAAGAAGUACGUCGAGAAGGGUGGCCUGUACAUCGACAUGCCCAAGCGCGACGAGGUGACGGGUGAGAUCAUGCGCGACGAGUUUGGGUCGCCGAUUCUCGUCUCGGUUCGCCAGCGCAAGGGCUCCGAGUGCCACAAGGCUGCCGUCGUGGGCGAUACCGUGGGCGAUCCCCUCAAGGAUACCUCCGGCCCCGCGCUCAACAUCCUCAUGAAACUCAUGGCGAUCAUCUCCCUCGUCUUUGCCGACUUUUUCAUGUCCAUUAACAAUGGACAGGGAUACUUUAACAUCCCCCGGAGGGUCUUCUGA